GGCGCCUGCGCGCCGCCUGCGGGAGCGGGCGGGAGGAUGCCGGGGCCGGGGCCGGGGCCACCGCGGGGCGCGGCGGAUGGCGGCCCGGGGGAUGGCGGCCCGGGGCUGCGCUCCGUCAACACGCGAGAGCUCUCCGAGGUCGUCUUCAACAACCGCAGCCCCCGCUCCGUCCUCCCGAUCUGGGUGGACUUCGAGGGCAGGCCGCGCUCCUACCCGGUCCUGCAGCCGCGCACCGGCCGCCUCAUGCACAGCUACCGGGGUCACCUCUGGCUGUUCCGGGACGCGGGGACGAACGAUGGGCUCCUCGUCAACCAGCAGGAGCUGUUCGUAGCGGCUCCCAACGUGAACAAAGCGGACAUCACGCUGCCAGUGUUCACCCUGAAAGAGAGAUGUCUCCAGGUUGUUCGCAGUCUGGUCAAACCGAUGGACUACAGGAAACUGGACAUUGUUCGGUCAUUAUAUGAAGAGCUGGAAGAUCAUCCUGAUAUCAGGAAGGAUCUUCAGCGGCUUUCUCUGGAGAGAAGUGAAACGUUGAGGAACGGAAUACUGGAAUAACAUUGUUACUCACUCCGGACUCUUUAAAUAGCAAACACAGAGUUUAAGCAGGGAUAGUCACCGUGAAACAUGCCAACAACUGAUCUCUGUAUUGUUAAGUUCCGAAACAUAAACUCAGUUAAAUUGAUGAUGGUAAGUCAGAUCCAAAAGACUAAACAGCAUGUAAAAGCAUGCCAAGUUCCUGAUGGUUCAGCUCUGUUCUUUGUUACAUAUGUUGCAAACCAAUGACUCUAGGGGCCUUGUGCAGAUGAAACUCAGAAGUUCUAGUUGGAAUAUCUUAAGAACACUGCAUAGGGAUGUAAGAUCAGGUCAUCUGUUUGGAGAAUACGUGUACAGAUGAACUUUCAUUGUUUUAGAAAGUAAAUUACACUGAGGAGUAAUUUAAUCCAGGCUCUAAUGAUUGUAAGUGGCAGACCAACACCAGUUUUGCUUGAAUAAUUUGUUUUUGAUGAAACUUCAGUCUCACAUUUAGCCUCGAUUUGCCUGUGAAUCACAAAGCGUGGGCGUGUUUGUGUAUGCAGGCGUUUCCAUCACCAUCUUCUGAGGACCUGACCUGAAAUGUUACGUUGGUGGAAAGAUGACAUACGUAAAAUGCUUGGGGGUUUUUCUGCCUCUUACCUUUUGCAUUUAUCAACCCUAAAUCCAUGUCCUAUCCACUCUGAGGAUGACACAUUUUUACACAGGUCGUACCUUGAUUGCCUUAUUUCUCCUUUAUGACUGGGUUCUUGCCUAGUUUAUCUCAAGGUGACCCAACCAGUCAGCCAUAUAGACUGGAUCCUAGGUUUGGGGCACUUUUCUCCUCCUCAGCCACUUCCCCAGCUUCUUGCACAGGCGUAUCGGCUAGCAUUCGUAGAAGGUAGAUGCUUUGAGUCCUGCCUUUUCCCAUCACAGUGCAGUAGGUUAGGUGGUAGUGGGAGGCCUUUUUGGGCAGCGUGGACCACUUGAGUUGCUAUUGUCUCCUAAGGAGCAGAGAGCAGACUCAUACCAGCUCAUACAGGCCCAUUGCCAGAUCCAUGCUUUAUAAGAGGCUAGAUGGGCAGAGAAAACAUUUCUUUACCUAUAUUCUGAUUGCCCCAUUCUUCAAUUAGAAUCUAUAUUUGUGUGACUGCACACAUGUAAUUCAAAGCAGCGUAGUUUUUAGCAGAUAGGUGAAUGGUCCACCAAGUAACAGGUGUAGUGCUGUUUGAUGUUAGAAGCAGACUGACAGGAGAUUAUAGCAGGUUAUUGCUGUGGCGUAUGUUUCUUUCCAGUUACACAUUCUAAGCAACACAGCUGUGAAACAGAAUAUUGGCAUAUUCUGUAAGUAUGAAAUGUCUCCCAUUUUUGUAGAUUUGUUUUUCCUACUUUUUUGGAUUGUAUGAAUUGAUCUUUGUCAUAAAAAUGUAAAUCAGUGCUAACUUUUUUUAAUCUUAAUUGUCAAAUAACAGUAUACAGCCAGUCAGUGACACUUGUCUAGUACAACAUUUAUCACUGCUAAUGGAUCAGAUUCCUUGGACUCCUGCAUGUUAGCAGACAGAAAAGCAUACUUGCAUAUACAUGACUUGCCAAAACCAAACAUAUGAAAACUA